AACCAGGUCAGGUUAUUGGCACGAAGUGAGCCGCGAUGCGCCGCGCAUCGGAGUGAAGUGAGCCUCAGUGCGCGCGCCGCCCAUCGCCACAGCCGCCCAUGUUCCACCUGCCAUCAAAACCUUUGCAUUAAAAAAAAUAAUAUUAAAAAAAAAACACACAAUCAAGGCGUGUUCUUAAUUUGAAAAUUGUAAUUGUCAUUUGUUAAUUCAAGAUGGUGGUAUUUGAGUGUGUGAUGCGUCGCGAUCAAGACGUGUCUUAGAGACAAUAUGUUUCGCUUAGUGUACGGGACCUAGGUUGUACUGUAUUGUGAAGUGAAUUAGUGUUGUGUGUGACUUGUAUUGUUGCUGAGGCUGCUUCGAACCCUGGGACCAACAUACACCAAGAUCGUCAAAAUCUGCGACAUUACCACAACUCAGCAGUUUUCAUACAAUUUUUAAAAUAAAAUCAAUCAUCAAAAAUCUUAAUUCAGUGAUGAAUGUUCAGUAGUGUGGUAAAAAACGUCGCAUGGAAGUACAGUGCUUCGGUUCGAUUCUCCGGCUGAGCAAACAGAAGAAUAGCAGGUCAAGAUGAGCGUCGUAGAUGGCGGGGGCCCGGAGGAGCCGGCCCUCACGGCGCCAGCGACCACCCCCACCACGCCGCCCCCCUCCGCUCUCGCUCCAGAUGGCACCGCACAACUCAUACAGGUCCCAGUCGCCCCCCGGAAGCCGCCCCGCCGAGGUCCCAAGGUCCAGCAGGAGAGGCCCAAGAGAGCGCUGUUCUGUCUCACGCUCAAGAACCCCAUGAGGAAAGCCUUCAUCGAUAUCGUGGAGUGGAAACCUUUUGAGUACAUGAUUCUGACCACCAUCUUCGCCAAUUGCAUCGCCCUCGCCGUCUACACACCCUAUCCUGCCAGCGACUCUAAUUAUACCAACUGGGUUCUUGAAAAGAUCGAAUACGUGUUCUUAGUAAUAUUCACCGGUGAAUGCGUUAUGAAAAUCAUAGCAUACGGGUUUAUCAUGCAUGCUGGCUCCUAUCUCAGAAACGGAUGGAAUUUAUUGGAUUUCACUAUCGUCGUUAUAGGAAUGGUCAGCACGGUGUUAUCAAGUAUAUUCAAGGACGCGUUUGACGUGAAAGCGUUGAGGGCGUUCAGGGUGCUUCGCCCCUUGCGACUGGUCUCCGGCGUGCCAAGUCUUCAGAUCGUGUUAAACUCGAUCCUGAAGGCGAUGGUGCCGUUGCUGCACAUCGCGCUGCUGGUCAUCUUCGUCAUCAUUAUCUACGCCAUCAUCGGUCUUGAGCUGUUCUCCGGCAAGAUGCAUAAGAGCUGCUAUAAUAAAUAUACAGACGAGAUAAUGGACACCCCCCACCCUUGCGACCUGGACAACGGCUUCAACUGCUCCCUCAUCGGAGAGGAGAUGGAGUGUCGGGAAGGCUGGAUCGGCCCCAACUUCGGCAUCACCAACUUUGAUAACUUCGGCCUGUCCAUGCUGACUGUCUUCCAGUGCAUCACCCUUGAAGGCUGGACUGAUGUUAUGUAUAAUAUACAAGACGCGAUGGGCAACAGUUGGGAAUGGAUCUAUUUCGUGUCUAUGGUCAUCUUGGGAGCUUUUUUCGUUAUGAACCUUAUUCUUGGUGUGUUGUCUGGAGAGUUCUCAAAAGAAAGAGAAAAGGCGAAGAACAGGGGUGACUUCCAGAAACUUCGAGAGAAGCAGCAGUUGGAAGAAGACCUGAAGGGCUACCUCGACUGGAUCACUCAGGCGGAGUACCUGGAGCCACUGGCUGAUCAGCAUGAACAUCAUCCACCAGUUGAACAGACUAGGGAUUAUGGGAUAGAAUACAUUUCAGGUCAGACGCAGAAUGAGCACGACUCGACAGACCACCUCGGUAUAGAGACCAAUGAACAACAGAAGGUAUCCAUUUGCAAAGUCUGGAAAAAGGAUUUCGAUAAAGUAAAUCGUCGAAUGAAGCGAGCGUGCAGAAAAGCGGUGAAGUCGCAAACUUUCUACUGGCUGAUCAUAGUGCUCGUUUUUUUGAAUACAGUCGUGUUAGCUAGUGAACACUAUCAGCAGCCAGAAUGGUUGGAUCUCUUUCAAGAAUACGGCAACGCAUUCUUCGUGGCCCUCUUUACUUUGGAAAUGUUAGUCAAGAUGUACAGCUUGGGUUUGCAAGGUUACUUCGUCUCGUUGUUCAACCGGUUCGACUGUUUUGUGGUGAUCGGGUCUAUCAGUGAGAUGGUGCUCACGAAGACUGAGGUGAUGCCUCCUCUUGGUAUUUCUGUGCUGCGGUGUGUCAGGCUGUUGAGGGUCUUCAAGGUUACCAAAUAUUGGCGCUCACUCUCCAACCUGGUAGCGUCUCUCCUCAACUCUAUCCAGUCGAUCGCAUCACUCUUGCUGCUGCUGUUUCUGUUCAUCAUGAUCUUCGCGCUGCUGGGCAUGCAGGUCUUCGGGGGGAAGUUCAACUAUGACCCAGUGGAGGAGAAGGAUCGGCACAACUUUGAUUGCUUCUGGCAAGCUUUGCUGACAGUAUUUCAGAUUCUAACAGGUGAAGAUUGGAACGCGGUGAUGUACGAGGGCAUUAAGGCUUAUGGUGGAGUGGGCACACCCGGGAUUCUAGCUUGUAUUUACUUCAUCAUUCUAUUCAUUUGCGGUAACUACAUCCUACUGAACGUGUUCUUGGCCAUCGCCGUAGAUAACUUAGCAGACGCCGAAUCAUUGACCAAUAUAGAAAAAGAAGAAACGGCGCCUGAAGAGAAAGAAGGUGGUAGUGUGGCAGCAGCUGAAGGUGUACAUAUAGAUACUGAUGAUGAAUACAUACAUGAUGAUGAUGUGUAUACGUCGGAUAACUCUGAAAGAGAAUACGAAGAAACAGGUUCAGAAGGAGAGCAGCAAGAUGAGAUAGAUGGAGAAAUGGAUGAAAUCAUAGACGAAGAGAACGAAGCUAUCGAGAGAGCUGAAGAGGAACAAGAGAGAGAGGACCAGGAGAUGAUGGAGGGUCAUCAGAGAAACCAUAUAGUGAACACAGAGUUGGAUGAAGAACCUCGACUGAAACGUAAGCCCACGACUUCAUCAGCGCGGCCGCGACGCCUCUCGGAAGUCGAUAUUUGCGACACUAAGAAACCCAUACCUGAUGCCACCUCCUUCUUCAUAUUUGCUAAGACCAACAGGUUCCGAGUGUUUUGCUACAAGAUGUCAUCAUCAUCGACCUUCGGAAACAUCAUCCUUGUCUGCAUCAUGCUGUCUUCCGCCAUGUUGGCUGCUGAAGACCCGCUGGAUGCUGCACAGAAUGGGUUUAGGAACUGGUUACUAAGUCAAUUCGACGUGUUCUUCACGGGCAUCUUCACGCUGGAGCUGUUCCUGAAGCUGAUCACGUACGGGCUGAUCCUCCACCAGGGUGCCUUCCUGCGCUCCGCCUUCAACGUGCUCGAUAUGCUCGUCGUCUGCGUUUCUUUAGUCUCUAUGAGUUUUAAGUCCGGUAGUAUAUCGGUGGUGAAAAUAUUGCGAGUGUUUAGGGUGCUGAGGCCUUUGAGGGCCAUCAACAGGGCCAAGGGCCUUAAGCACGUUGUACAAUGCGUGAUCGUUGCCAUCAAAACGAUCGGCAACAUAUUAUUGGUAACAUCGUUACUGCAAUUCAUGUUCGCUGUCAUGGGAGUCCAAAUGUUCAAGGGCAAAUUUUUUAGGUGUAAUGAUAUUUCUAAAAUGACAAAGGAUGAAUGUCAGGGAACGUAUUUAGUAUUUGAGAAUCGCAACUAUAUGGUGAGAGACAGGGAAUGGACGCGUUAUGAUUUCCAUUUUGAUAAUGUAAUGAAAGGAAUGCUCACUCUGUUCACUGUGUCUACUUUUGAAGGAUGGCCAGGGCUAUUGUACGUCUCUAUAGAUUCGAAUGCUGAAGAUCGGGGUCCCAUAACUAACUUCCGUCCAAUUGUUGCAGCCUACUAUAUUAUUUAUAUUAUUAUAAUUGCCUUCUUUAUGGUAAAUAUAUUCGUCGGUUUCGUCAUAGUAACCUUCCAAAACGAGGGUGAGCAAGAAUAUAAAAACUGUGAAUUAGAUAAAAACCAGAGAAACUGCAUAGAAUUUGCACUCAAAGCUAAACCUAUUAGAAGAUACAUACCAAAACACAGGAUCCAAUACAAAGUAUGGUGGUUUGUGACGUCACAGCCGUUUGAAUACGCCAUCUUCGUGCUGAUCAUGAUAAACACCAUCACUCUCGCCAUGAAGUACCACAACCAGCCCCAUGAGUACAGCAAGGCGUUGGACCUGUUAAACAUGCUGUUCACGGCUGUUUUUGCGUUGGAGUUCAUAUUUAAAUUAGCUGCUUUUAGGUUUAAGAAUUACUUCGGCGACGCGUGGAACACUUUCGACUUCAUCAUCGUGCUAGGUAGCAUCAUCGACAUCGUCGUCUCCCAAGUAAACGAACUCAAGAACCAGGGAAGUGGCAUGCCUAGGACACACGUUGUCAAGGAAAGCUCAAUACCAUCAAUAAACUUUUUCCGACUCUUCCGAGUAAUGAGGCUGGUAAAGCUCCUAUCCAGGGGUGAAGGCAUCAGGACAUUGCUCUGGACUUUCAUUAAAUCUUUUCAAGCACUGCCAUAUGUCGCUCUACUUAUCCUCAUGCUGUUCUUCAUUUAUGCUGUAGUUGGGAUGCAGGUGUUCGGAAAAAUAGCGAUAGAUGAUGACUCACCGAUCACAAGAAACAAUCACUUCCAGACAUUUCCUCAAGCUUUACUUGUUCUAUUUCGAUCUGCGACUGGUGAGGCAUGGCAAGAUAUAAUGAUGGGAGUAUCCCCAGAGCCUGAAGUGAAAUGUGAUAAGAACUACCAUGAGGAAGGUGAUGUGGAAGUGGAAGACACCGGUGGUACAUGCGGCAGCGUGCUCGCUUUUCCAUACUUCAUUAGUUUCUACGUACUCUGUUCUUUUUUGAUCAUCAAUUUGUUUGUGGCUGUCAUUAUGGAUAAUUUUGACUAUUUAACUAGAGACUGGUCAAUAUUGGGACCACACCACUUAGAUGAAUUUAUAAGAUUAUGGAGUGAAUAUGACCCUGAUGCAAAGGGUAGAAUAAAACAUUUAGAUGUAGUUACUUUAUUAAGAAAAAUAAGCCCACCUUUAGGUUUCGGUAAGUUAUGUCCGCACCGCGUGGCGUGCAAAAGACUUGUGUCUAUGAACAUGCCGCUGAACUCUGAUGGCACUGUACUCUUCAACGCCACGCUAUUUGCCGUCGUUAGAACGUCGCUCAAGAUCAAAACUGAAGGCAACAUAGACGACUGCAACACAGAACUGAGAGCGGUCAUCAAAAAGAUUUGGAAGCGAACAUCUCCAAAACUGCUAGACCAAGUAGUACCACCGCCGGGAGAUCCAAACGAAAUCACCGUGGGCAAGUUCUAUGCCACCUUCCUUAUUCAGGACUACUUCAGAAGGUUCAAAAAGAGAAAAGAGCAGGAGAUGAGGCAGAGUGACGAACAGACGCAUCAGAUGACACUGCAGGCUGGGCUGAGGACACUACACGAAGCAGGCCCUGAACUGAAAAGAGCAAUCUCUGGGAAUUUGGAUGAUAUUUCUGCUGAAUGUGAUGUGCCUAUGCAUAGGAGAAACCACUCCUUAUUUGGAGGUGUCUGGUCGAGCAUACGAAGGCAUGGACCAAACAGACACUUUCAUAGACAUAGAAAACAUGGAGAACCUCCGACAGAUGAUCAAAUAAAAGUUUCAUCGUCCGCCGAAGAACUACUAGAAAAAAAUGAUGGAGGCGGCGCUGGCAGCGCGGGUGUGGGCAAUCAUUUGAGUUCUAUGAUGCAAAGGGAAUAUGGAGUUGGACCACUACCUCUUACACCUAAUUUAGCAAAUGGACAGCCAAAGGAACAAAUACCACUUAGACCUCUAAUAUUCAAUGGAGAAUCGGAGAAAAUAUAUCAAGUCCUCGACAAUCAAAAGUCGAACUAUCCCGAGAUGCUCGGCCAGAUCGGUCUCGCCUUCGGCUGCGUCAACUAUCUGUCGACGCCGAGCGAGGGCCUGACCGCACCCAAACCGACCGCGACGGUAUCGAGACAGAAAGUUCACCCGGAGGACUCCACGUCUUCGAGGGAGAAACUAUCGAUACCUAGAAUGGCGUCAAUGGAAGACAAGACGCCGUCUCCAAACACGUUCGAGCAGAUACAGCCGAAGAUAUCGCCGCUCCUGGCGAGCGAGUGCACGCCGACGACGGAGUCGCGGACGAUGACGUUGUACGGGUACAACGCGGCCGCGAAGCUGCCGUUCGCGUUCUCGCACGCGAAGGAGCGCGCGUGCCGCGGCGGCGAGCGGCGCAGCCUGCGCGCGCUGAAGCCGGCGCCGCGCGGCACAGGUCGGAUGGUGCGCAGCGCCUCGUCGGGGGCGGCCUCGCAUGCUCCGCCCGCGCGGCUUGUAGAUCGCCCGCACUCGCCAGGAGGAGAUAGCUUUGGGCGUGGCGUGGUGUCGCUACCUGGCAGCCCACGUGGAAACAACUCCUCGGGGCCUGUCGUAGUAGGGUCAGCAGAGAGCCUGGUUACAAGGGUGUUAACAGAACAGGGUCUGGGUGAAUACUGCGAUCCUGAGUUCGUGAGGAACACGUCUCGGGAGAUGCAAGAGGCACUUGAAAUGACACAGGAGCAAAUGGACAGAGCCGCGCAUCAGCUGAUGGUCAACGAGAAGAACAUAAAACAAGCUCAAAGUCAACAACCCCAAGUUGGUAACAUUUGGGUUGUAGGGCGACAUCCUUGCCCGCCAGUACCACCCGUUCCACCAGCCGGCCGCCAUGCCGCCGCCGGUGUGCAAGCGGUUAUAGCACCCGCCCUCCCGCAGCCCGCGCGGCCCGGCGACCCCUCGCGCCACACGCAUCAUAGGAAGAAAAGAAAACGCAAACCAGUACUGGUUUAGCGACCUUUUAUUAUAUAAAUAUUGGUUCGGUCAUAUAGUUUGAUAAUUUCAUUCUAUCGUCAAAUAACUCAGUCUAUGAUUUUACUGAGUCAUUUGACGUUUCACGAUAUCUAUGCUCAAAUUCUUCGUUUGUUUCUCAAUUUUUCAAACAGGCGGAUCAAAAUUAGGGUACGUGAGUACAUUUUUAAAUUCUAUACUGUGGUGAACACAGGUAAAGUGAGAAUGUAGUUGUUUAGGUAAAUAGCAUAAUUUUAGGGCCAUGGACGUUGAUGGGAAAUAUUUAUACCUACUCGAAACUACUUGGGUAGCCUUUAUAGUCGACAUUUCGGAGUAUUGGCCCUUUUAAAUUCGUAAAUUAGAAAAUGUAAUUUUUCGAACUAUGAGAGAGAAACUCUCAUUAACUAAAUAGAUAGAAAUUGUAAAUCAAAAUUAAUUUUAUCCUUUUUAGAUAUUCGAAUUGAUUCUUUGCAAAAUAGCGCAUUGUAUUGUGCAAGUUUUAAUAAAAUUUAUAUUUAAAAAAUAUGUAUAAUCGUAUAACUUUAAUUAAAUUAAUUAAAUAUUUUAGAUUUCAUAAAACUUGCAUGAGACAAAAGCUUCUUUUAUUUAAAAAAUAAAAGAGUGUUUCAUGAAGCGAGCAAUUCUUCCUCUAGUUUAAAUAUUUGUUCAAGUAACAAAGCUUUCAAAAACUUUUGAACGCUAGAGCUUUUGUGGUGAAUAUUAUGAAAUUUGGUGUGAUUUUAUUAAAAGAAAUCGCUUUAAUUGUUACGAUUCAGUAUUAAGUGGGAAGCUAAUUGACGUAUUUAGCGAUAUUUGCGUAAAUUCUAUAGAUGUUGUUUUGUUUGUUAAUUUCUAGCACCAGAUCCAAGACAAUACCGUAUUUGAAGACUUUGACGAACUGAUUGUAAAACUUGCCCUCGGCGUGGGGAAAUCCAAUUUUCAGUAGUUUACCUAAAAGCUGAAUUUAUAAAAAUCUAUUGCCCUCGGUAAUAUUUUCAGACAGGGGCACGAAUGAGUGUGAAACGAAGAUUUUUAUAAGAUCAGCUUAAUUGAAUAGCUUUGACCACUUUUAGAAUAGGCAUUAAACAAUUGUAGCGUUAAUCAUAGGCUUCGCCUACGAUGAAACUAAAGAUGAGAGUCUGAUUUUCAUCUUUUCAGUAACUUUACAAUUAAAGUAAGCACCCUUUUGAAGUUUUAAUAGAUUUUAUAGAUGGCUCGAUUUAUAUACGAUUUUUCCAUCCAUAUCCUUCUCGGGUUGUUAGUUAGUCGAUUUCUGUUUAAUCUUUUGAACUCCGACGUACGAGCUUAGGUGUGGGAACAUAGUUUGUCCUUCGCUAAUUAGAUGGCAAAUUAUAAAUAAUUUUGGGCAAUAAUUUUCAUAGUUACUUCCUUGCUCUCCAAAGCUGCGUAUUUGUAACAAUGUCACGGAGUGUUUACUUUGAAAAACAAUUUUUCGUCUGUAAAAGUCCUGCUAACGGAAGAAAGAUUUUCUUAAUUUACCUAAGACUUAGUAAAGCUUUUGUCUUUUCAAAUAUCAAGAGAAAAUUGUGUUGAUAUUUCGUCACCACACUGACGAAUUUAGUGAAAAAAACUAAAAUUGUUAAUGAAAAAAGUCGUAAAGAGAAUGGCUGUUACUAACCAUUUUUCAUAAAGAAUUUCAUAAAAGACAGUUAAAAAGUAUGUGUAUUUGCGAAGAGGCAUUUACUAAUCGAUUGUCUCGACUUCUAAUUAGUUAGGCAGCGGAGUUAGGUAAUCAUUAACUAUUUAGUUUUUAACUCUAGUUAAAUUUAGAAAGAUUUGCAACAUCUUGAACUGUGUGGAAAAUUCUUUGUACUUAAUCGGCGGUUUCUUGAUUUGAAACGUAGGAACCUAUGAUACAAAAUAUCUAGUCAAAUAUCUUGUGUAAUAUGAAAAAUAUUAACAAUUCUAAUCAUCAACACAUAACCGCCCUAUUUAAAAAAUGUAGUUACUUUUAAAAAACCAGAGCAAGAUGUUGCAACUUUUAAAAAAUCUUAGCUCUUUAAGAUAUUCCCUAGUAAGUGCCCUUUUAAAUCUAUGAAGCGACGUAGUGUAGAUAAUCGUCAGCAACUCCAUUUACCGUCAACACUCCACAUUCCUCUAGGAUUAAGGUCAAUAAUCUAACCGACAUUUUAUAUUCUGUUCAAACCUCUUCGCUGGACAAAGGAGAUUUUUCAUAUGAACCGGCGACAAAUAUUGCAACUGGCAACAUAUUUUUUUUACCAAGGAGGUAGGUCACUUAUUUAAUACCUACUUUUUGGGUGUUUAGAUAAUUUUAGCUGUACAAUAUUUUUUCUUUUAGAGACAGAAAUUAAAUGUUUAAUACAUGAUUGUAGUUGCAGCGUUUGUCGUCUAAUCAAAACCUGCCUAGAUUCUAGAUAAACCUAUUUCUUCUACACGUUUAGGCUACAACAGCAAAGAUAAAGUGGAGAGGUAACGCACAAAGUAGGGACAAAGAUGUUCGUGAAAUUCUAAAUGUAUAUAUUUAUAUCGUUUAUUUUUUAUAGUUCGUAGUUUUCAAUCGGGAUAUUGUCGUCAAACUCUUAUAGGAAAGUCGAAAUCUGUGUUACGUAGUCUAAAACGUGCCCAUUGAGCGCUGUAGAUUACCUAAUAUCAACGAAUUAUUUAAACCAUGCACAAAACUAGCUACGAUAAACAAAAUUAGUUUAAUUAUGCCAUUAUGUAUAAGCAAAUGCUCUUCUUUUCUUUGUUGUAAAGUAGCCUAAUCUAUGCUUCCCCAAACAUUUUUGGUGCCAAUGUAUUAGACGUUUUGUCUUACUUGUUAUCUAAACAUAAAGUUGCCUUUAUAUUUUCUGCCAUUUUUUAAAACGUUUGAAAUUCCUAUCCUAUUGUUUUUUCUGUUUAUCUAUUAUAAGAGUUUAUUGAAGUUUGAAAGAUUUUUAUUGAGGAUAGAGUCCCAUUAUAUUAUAUAAAUAAAUAAUAAACAUGAUUAUGAAUUGCUGCUGUUAUUUUUAGCAGUUAUUAAAAUACUGAGUGCAGUUAUGAGCAAUGCAAUUAUCAUAAAAAUCCUCGAAGUGAGGGAAAAUAUCUAAAAUUUUAAAAUAUCCAUUCGUUAGUGAUUUCAUCUGUAAAUAAUGUACAAAAUUAACAAAAUCUGUACUCGGGAAAGCAUGAUUUUAAGUACGUUUUUUAUAUUUCUAGCGUAAUAACCGCUAGCCGUAAUGGGAAUCUCGAUUUGUAAAUAGUUAUGUAAAUAAAAAGUGUAAAAGAUAUAUAUUCCGUCAAUCAUAUUAAAAUUGAGACAUUAUUAAUUACCUAUAUUUAUUGUUUAAAAAUGAACAUUGUAAAAUUGUUUUCAUAUAAAUAAAAAAAUGUGGGAAACACA